AUGGAGGAGAUCGCCGAAAUUGUUCGUGAGAUCGGUCGGCAGCAGACCGACAAUUCAUACUACCGUACCUGCUAUGGACUUCUCAAGCAGUUGCAAGACUUGGUGGCCCAAUCAUCUGACUACCUGCGCUGUCUUCAACAAUACGAAACACUAUUUCCAUCAAAUGAUUUCCUGCCCAUCCACCAUAUUGCCACCGAAUUGCAAAACUCAGUAGCAAAGCUGUCAAAGCAGGAAAAAAGGUCCCACUCAGCUUGGCAAAACCUCCGAUCUACUACUUGA